AUGGACAAGAGAGCACGCCAACAGCCAACAGCCAACAGCCAACAGCCAACAGCCAACAGCCAACAGCCAACAGCCAACAGCCAACAGCCAACAGCCAACAGCCAACAGCCAACAGCCAACAGCCAACAGCCAACAGCCAACAGCCAACAGCCAACAGCCAACAGCCAACAGCCAACAGCCAACAGCCAACAGCCAACAGCCAACAGCCAACAGCCAACAGCCAACAAUAUGAAGACUCUGGAUGAUGACCCUGAAAUUCUUCGGGCUGAGAUGUCAUGUGGUCAUGCAGUUGCUCCUCAGUCGCUUACUGCAUGGUGUCGAAGUCUACUUGAUCAGGUACGGUUCAUGUGCCCUGCGCUUAAAGAUGGAACAACACAGAAGUGCAACGCAGAGUGGCCAUAUGUGGAGGUCUGGCGGUUGGCAGUACUGACACAAGAAGAACAGAGGCAUUUGGCUGCAGCCGUGUACUGUGAACACAAAACAUGCCCUGGAUGUCAGACAUUCGUAGAGAGAGCCGAACUUACCAACCACUGUGUCAUGUGCACUAUUUGUACAGCUGAAAAGGGUAAAACAUUUCAAUUCUGCUGGCCGUGCAGGAAGGAAUGGAAAGGUCCAGGACCUCGUUCUGACCACUGCGACAACAUCGACUGUAUCAACAUCGACGUUGACAAGUUGUCCAAAUGUCGUGAUAUAGCACUACCUUCUGUUAAUAAUAUGAGAUGCCCAUCCAUGCGAGCUUGCCCUACUUGUGGCAAUCUUGUGGAGCAUGACACGACAGGAUCCAAGAAUAUCAUAUGCAAUCGCUGCAAUGUUGAAUUCAGUUUUUUCUGCCUGAAAACUACUAAGGUUUGCUUGCUAACAAGCUCAUACUUUAUUCCAUGUUCUGGCGGGGUUGCCCCACGACAGACCUCUAUUCCAUCUUGGAAUUGA